GUAAAGAGAACGUACAGCCACGGGACGUACCGGGCAGGUGCCAUGCGUCAGAUCAGUCUGGUGGGAGCCGUGGACGAGGAGGUGGGGGAUUACUUCCCAGAGUUCAUCUCUAUGCUGGAGGAGUCACCCUUCCUAGAGGUGAGUAGCAUUGACACAGAAUAAUUAUAGAGAUUCAUCAUUUAUAGAUGAUAUCAAUCUAUAGGUAAUAAGUUGUAUUUAAAGUCAUUUUCACCAAGUUUCUAAAUGCUUUAGUUCAGGCCACAUUGUAUUGGGAGAACUCGACUCAUUUAAUCUAUAAACAAAGGAAGUUGCCCUCUAGUGGUUGAGAAGAGUAAUUGUGGUUUUUCAACAACAACAAAAAAAGCUUUGAUGACGUCUGAAAAUUGGAUGAUCUCUUCCCUGUUCCAGUUUUUAUUCCUUUCUAUCCCCCCCCCCCCCCCCCCCCCCCCUUAUUAUAACUGUAGCGUAACCUCGUCCCUCUCUCCUUCCCUCCCUCCAGCGGACGUUACCGUGGGGUACGUUCUCCAGUCUGAAGCUGAAGAGUCCAAAAGAGAGUGAUGACGGGCCCAUCAUGUGGGUACGGCCUGGGGAACAGAUGAUCCCUGUUGCUGACAUACCAAAGUCUCCCUACAUAAGGAGAAGGUGAGGGCUCACUGUUUUUACAGAUAGUAGGUCCUACUUUCACACACAGAGAUGCAAAUAAAUGUAUGUUUUUUACAGGAUCCUACUUCAAAAGGAACUACUUAGGUUCUUAAGUGGGUACACACACACAUUAUGUCCUUCUAUCCUCGUGGGGACCUACAAUUUAUUUCCUUUCUAAAUCCUAUUCUCCUAAACCCUAAACCUAACCACUAACCCUAAUCCUAACCCUAAUUGUAACCCUAAACCUAACCCCUAAGCUUAAAAUAACCUUUGUCCUCAUGGGGAUGUGGGAAAUAUCACCACGAGGGAGAAAUGUUCCUUGUUUUACUAUCCUUGUGGGGACUUUGGGGGAUUUUUGGUCCCCCCACAAGGAUAGAAGAACCAACCAACCAACCAACCAACACACUCACUGACACAGCCCCUGGAUGUCCCCUAAGCAGUGUGAGAUUGCGAGGGGCUAAGAAGGGAUUUCAGCUCUAUACUGAAUGUGUUGAUAUUGGCUUUGGCUUAAGUGUUUGUUCUUCUUAAAACGAGAAGCCGAUCCUCCACACUACACACAGGCAGAAUGUACUUCCCUCUGUCCAGCGAUUCGCUCUUUCUAUUUUCCAUCCUCCUCUCUCUCUUUCCUUCUUAAGGUCCUGACUGUAAUGUUGCUUUCCAUAAACAUGAGGUCUGCUUCCUAAAUCACACCCUAGUCCCUAUAUAGUGCACUACUUUUAACCAGGCCAGGGCCCUGUAGUGCACUAUAGAGAAUAGGGUGUCAUUUGGGACUCAGCAGAAAGGAGCUAUUUUCUGCUCUGAACCUAUCAUCUUCUCAGGAUGAGGCGAUUUAGCUCCUCUCUGUGUUUAGUUUAUCAUCAUGUAGGCUACCGCCGUAGCAAAUUAAUUCUGUUUAGAAAGAAGAGAGAGAGACGAAAAGGGAGGGGAGGGAGAGUGGAGCAGGUUCCCGCUCACCCUCCUAGAUGAGAUCAUCGCCAUGUUAAACAAUGCUACAUCAGACAACCGGCUGCUCAUUGUAACACACAGAGACACAUGCACACAGAUACAGACUUGUUUAACUAACCUUGUUGGGACACACAAUUCAUUCAAAAUCCUAUUUUCCCUAACCCCAAAAUCUAACCCUAAACCUAACCUUUAACCCCUAACCCUAACACUAAUUCUAACCUUAACCCCCUAGAAAUAGCCUUUUUCCUUGUGGGGACUAACAUAAGUAUAGUUAAACACAUCCACACACACAGAGAGACGCGCACACACACACACACAGAGAGAGACACACACACAGAGAGAGAGAUGCGCACACACACACACACACACACACACAGAGACACGCGCACACACCCAGUCUCUCAUGUCAUUUUAUUCACAACAAUCCCUGCAGCUCAGCAUUCCAACACUGCCGCUUCUCCAAACUGCUGAGAUUUGAUUUAUUUCACUCCUUUUUUCCAUCUUCUUUACUUCCCUCUCUUCUUGCCGUUUAUUCCUAGUGGAACGGACAGGGAGGAGUCAUUUCAUCAUGACAAUAUUAGCACCGUAGCUUGAUUUAAAGAGCAACGAAUCCUUUUGAAGACUGCCUAUGUGGCAUGGAUAUGAGUCAGAGACAGUUAUUCUAGUGUCAUUUUGGUCAUGAAGUCAGUCUCGUCUAAAACAGAGUUGGCACCCUAUUCACCUUGCAAGUAUGCAUUUCACUGUACUGUUUAGACCUGCUGUAUCCUUUUGACAUCUGGUCAAAAGCUGUGCACUAUAUAGGGAAUAGGGUGCUAUUUGGGAUGCAAGCUAUAUUGCUACUGGGGGUGACUCUACUGUAGCUAAAGCUCGCCUUGAAAACCUGCCCGGCAACAGUGACUAGGGUCUGGUUUCAAUGACACUCUUUUGGCAACUUCGAUAAAGGGAACAACCGGGGUGGGUCCUCUGAAGACGGACAACUCUCUUAACAAAUCACAUUUUACAUUUGUACAUUUUAGUCAUUUAGCAGACGCUCUCAUCCAGAGCGACUUACAGGAGCAAUUAGGGUUAAGUGCCUUGCUCAAGGACACAUCGACAGAUUUUUCACCUAGUCAGCUCGGGGAUUACAACCAGCGACCUUUCGGUUACUGGCACAACGCUCUUAACCACUAAGCUACCUGCCGCCAGGCAGACAUGAUGCCAGAACGUUGCUGUUCCAAACCAAAGUCUGCUGGGAAAAGUUGCCCCCCCACAUUUGGGGGACUAAAAUAUUUAUUUAUUAUUCCAAAUAUUUUCAAAUGUAUUUUUUGUUGUUGCAAGGAGCUGUCUUUUUUGUGUUAUUUUUGGGGGGUAUUUCUUUCCCUGUCUUUUUUCACACAAAAAAUCUAUCAUAGUCAUGUAAUACCAUUGACAGCUGUUACAAAUAACCAUCCUACAAUAGGGAAGUGGGAGCUAAAGGUUCAUGGUCCCCCAGACUACCUGUCACACCUCCCCCAGAACACCCCGCCCUCUUCACUGUUACCAAGGGUGGGCUUUACGAGACUAUAGGCUGUCAGGAACACUUGUCGGACCUGAUGGCUGGAUCUCUCACACACACACACACACACACACACACACACACACACACACACACACACACACCACACACACACACACACUUCUGUGUUUUAGCUGCUAGAGGAGCAGAAGGGAAAGUGAGACCCAUAGGUAAUCAAUCUUAUAUCCUUACCAUUAUACUCCCCUUGUCAUGGAAGCCCCCUUUACACACACACACACACACACACACACACGGAACCCCCUUGCCGAUCCCCCUCGCUGCUCCCCCCUUAAUGACGGCAUCGUGUAAAAUGGAUGAUUUAUUUAUUUGUUCUUGAGUCUUCAUCUUCAUGCUCAGGGAAUCCUCAGGGUCUUUUAUAGGACGCGGUAACACAUGGUUUAUGGACCAUACUGUACACACAGGAGACAGACAUGGAGACCUUGACUGAAGAGAAGGCCUCUUUUACGGCUGUUCCCAGGCAGAUUGAUGAGCCUAUAGCCACUUGACCAAGUAGUCAAAAUAACACUUAACUUUCUGACCCAAAACAGCCACACCAGAAUUCUGGGAGUAAAUUACUGAGUUUUCACUCUGUCUGCUUGCUCAGUUUCCGCCCUCACCUUGUAAUAAGUCUCACCAAGUUGACUUGGUCACCUUCACUAGUACCCCACUGUCUGUCCUCAUAGAUACUGUAGUACAGUGACUAGUACCCCACUGUCUGUCCUCAUAGAUACUGUAGUACAGUGACUAGUACCCCACUGUCUGUCCUCAUAGAUACUGUAGUACAGUGACUAGUGUCUCACUGUCUGUCCUCAUAGAUACUGUAGUACAGUGACUAGUACCCCACUGUCUGUCCUCAUAGAUACUGUAGUACAGUGACUAGUACCUCACUAUCUGUCCUCAUAGAUACUGUAGUACAGUGACUAGUGUCUCACUGUCUGUCCUCAUAGAUACUGUAGUACAGUGACUAGUACCCCACUGUCUGUCCUCAUAGAUACUGUAGUACAGUGACUAGUACCCCACUGUCUGUCCUCACAGAUACUGUAGUACAGUGACUAGUACCCCACUGUCUGUCCUCAUAGAUACUGUAGUACAGUGACUAGUACCUCACUGUCUGUCCUCAUAGAUACUGUAGUACAGUGACUAGUACCCCACUGUCUGUCCUCAUAGAUACUGUAGUACAGUGACUAGUACCCCCACUGUCUGUCCUCAUAGAUACUGUAGUACAGUGACUAGUACCCCACUGUCUGUCCUCAUAGAUACUGUAGUACAGUGACUAGUACCCCACUGUCUGUCCUCAUAGAUACUGUAGUACAGUGACUAGUACCCCACUGUCUGUCCUCAUAGAUACUGUAGUACAGUGACUAGUACCCCACUGUCUGUCCUCAUAGAUACUGUAGUACAGUGACUAGUACCCCACUGUCUGUCCUCAUAGAUACUGUAGUACAGUGACUAGUACCCCACUGUCUGUCCUCAUAGAUACUGUAGUACAGUGACUAGUACCCCACUGUCUGUCCUCAUAGAUACUGUAGUACAGUGACUAGUACCCCACUGUCUGUCCUCAUAGAUACUGUAGUACAGUGACUAGUACCCCACUGUCUGUCCUCAUAGAUACUGUAGUACAGUGACUAGUACCCCACUGUCUGUCCUCAUAGAUACUGUAGUACAGUGACUAGUACCCACUGUCUGUCCUCAUAGAUACUGUAGUACAGUGACUAGUACCCCACUGUCUGUCCUCAUAGAUACUGUAGUACAGUGACUAGUACCCCACUGUCUGUCCUCAUAGAUACUGUAGUACAGUGACUAGUACCCCACUGUCUGUCCUCAUAGAUACUGUAGUACAGUGACUAGUACCCCACUGUCUGUCCUCAUAGAUACUGUAGUACAGUGACUAGUACCCCACUGUCUGUCCUCAUAGAUACUUAGUCAGUGGAUAGACCCCAGUCUGUCCUCAUAGAUACUGUAGUACCGUGGACUAGUACCCCACUGUCUGUCCUCAUAGAUACUGUAGUACAGUGACUAGUACCCCACUGUCUUCCUCAUAGAUACUGUAGUACAGUGACUAGUACCCCACUGUCUGUCCUCAUAGAUACUGUAGUACAGUGACUAGUACCCCACUGUCUGUCCUCAUAGAUACUGUAGUACAGUGACUAGUACCCCACUGUCUGUCCUCAUAGAUACUGUAGUACAGUGACUAGUACCCCCACUGUCUGUCCUCAUAGAUACUGUUUAGUACAGUGACUAGUACCCCCACUGUCUGUCCUCAUAGAUACUGUAGUACAGUGACUAGUACCCCACUGUCUGUCCUCAUAGAUACUGUAGUACAGUGACUAGUACCCACUGUCUGUCCUCAUAGAUACUGUAGUACAGUGACUAGUACCCCACUGUCUGUCCUCAUAGAUACUGUAGUACAGUGACUAGUACCCCACUGUCUGUCCUCAUAGAUACUGUAGUACAGUGACUAGUACCCCACUGUCUGUCCUCAUAGAUACUGUAGUACAGUGACUAGUACCCCACUGUCUGUCCUCAUAGAUACUGUAGUACAGUGACUAGUACCCCACUGUCUGUCCUCAUAGAUACUGUAGUACAGUGACUAGUACCCCACUGUCUGUCCAUCAAUAGAUAUUAUUGAUAUACCCCUUCUUCCAUCAGUAUAUUCGAAGUGACUGUACCAACCUGCCUAAAACCAAACAGGCUAGUAAUGCGGUCUAGAGCACGGUGGUCAGUGAAACUCCCAUGAAGGCCAAAAACUAGAAGAAGAAACCUAGAUGAUGUAACCACUGCGUCUCAUGAGACGGUAGUACCAGUCCUCUUACUGGCACUGUUGUCCUCAUAGAUACUGUAGUACAGUGACUAGUACCCCACUGUCUGUCCUCAUAGAUACUGUAGUACAGUGACUAGUACCCCACUGUCUGUCCUCAUAGAUACUGUAGUACAGUGACUAGUACCCCACUGUCUGUCCUCAUAGAUACUGUAGUACAGUGACUAGUACCCACUGUCUGUCCUCAUAGAUACUGUAGUACAGUGACUAGUACCCCACUGUCUGUCCUCAUAGAUACUGUAGUACAGUGACUAGUACCCACUGUCUGUCCUCAUAGAUACUGUAGUACAGUGACUAGUACCCCACUGUCUGUCCUCAUAGAUACUGUAGUACAGUGACUAGUACCCCACUGUCUGUCCUCAUAGAUACUGUAGUACAGUGACUAGUACCCCACUGUCUGUCCUCAUAGAUACUGUAGUACAGUGACUAGUACCUCACUGUCUGUCCUCAUAGAUACUGUAGUACAGUGACUAGUACCUCACUGUCUGUCCUCAUAGAUACUGUAGUACAGUGACUAGUACCCCACUGUCUGUCCUCAUAGAUACUGUAGUACAGUGACUAGUACCUCACUGUCUGUCCUCAUAGAUACUGUAGUACAGUGACUAGUACCCCACUGUCUGUCCUCAUAGAUACUGUAGUACAGUGACUAGUACCCCACUGUCUGUCCUCAUAGAUACUGUAGUACAGUGACUAGUACCCCACUGUCUGUCCUCAUAGAUACUGUAGUACAGUGACUAGUACCCCCACUGUCUGUCCUCAUAGAUACUGUAGUACAGUGACUAGUACCCCACUGUCUGUCCUCAUAGAUACUGUAGUACAGUGACUAGUACCCCACUGUCUGUCCUCAUAGAUACUGUAGUACAGUGACUAGUACCCUCACUGGUCUGUCCUCAUAGAUACUGUAGUACAGUGACUAGUACCCCACUGUCUGUCCAUCAUAGAUACUGUAGUACAGUGACUAGUACCCCACUGUCUGUCCUCAUAGAUACUGUAGUACAGUGACUAGUACCCCACUGUCUGUCCUCAUAGAUACUGUAGUACAGUGACUAGUACCCCACUGUCUGUCCUCAUAGAUACUGUAGUACAGUGACUAGUACCCCACUGUCUGUCCUCAUAGAUACUGUAGUACAGUGACUAGUACCCCACUGUCUGUCCUCAUAGAUACUGUAGUACAGUGACUAGUACCCCACUGUCUGUCCUCAUAGAUACUGUAGUACAGUGACUAGUACCCCACUGUCUGUCCUCAUAGAUACUGUAGUACAGUGACUAGUACCCCACUGUCUGUCCUCAUAGAUACUGUAGUACAGUGACUAGUACCCCACUGUCUGUCCUCAUAGAUACUGUAGUACAGUGACUAGUACCCCACUGUCUGUCCUCAUAGAUACUGUAGUACAGUGACUAGUACCCCACUGUCUGUCCUCAUAGAUACUGUAGUACAGUGACUAGUACCCCACUGUCUGUCCUCAUAGAUACUGUAGUACAGUGACUAGUACCCCACUGUCUGUCCUCAUAGAUACUGUAGUACAGUGACUAGUACCUCCACUGUCUGUCCUCAUAGAUACUGUAGUACAGUGACUAGUACCCACUGUCUGUCCUCAUAGAUACUGUAGUACAGUGACUAGUACCUCACUGUCUGUCCUCAUAGAUACUGUAGUACAGUGACUAGACUCUCUGACUCAGACGUAGUACCAAUAGACCCAGUUGGCCAAAUACGUUCAGUGACAACAGGAGCUUUAAAAAGUGGUCUCCCCCUCUCUCUUCUUCCCCCUCCUUCCCUCUAGUCGUGACUAGUACCCCACUGUCUUCCUCAAGUACUAUACAGAAGACCCAUGUCUGUUCCUCAUGAUACUGUAUCUGAACUAGUACCCUGGGUCUCAGUUGUGCAGUACUAUUAUCAUGCAGCAGGCAAUGGCAGAAGACCCUGUCCCUCUAGUCAUACUACCACUCCCUCAUCACAAUGCUCCCUAACUCCCUAUAAGUACCUCUGUCUGUGCAGGCAGGCUGGCAGAAGCCCUGUCCAACAUCUGCAUACUAAACAGCACUCGGGCUCCAUCACAAAUGGCACCCUAACCCCUAUAUAGUACACUGCUGUAGAGCACUAUAUAGGGAAUAGGGUGUCAUUUGUGACGGGGCCACUCUAUCUCUUCGUUGGUUGCUUCUCUCUCAACACAGUGUUCGCAGUGUAAUGCAUGCUAAACGUGGGGAUGUACUCUCACUGCCUUUACAAUGGCAGUUUUACCCCUCUCUGACUAACCCUCUUUAAAAUGAAUCCAGUGGUGGUGGAUGGGAAGAAUACAUGUUUUUCUGGAAUCUCAUUUCAGAUGCUUCUGCGGCCGUGUGCUUUGUCGCAAUGUCAACCCAGUUCAGUAUUUCCAUUCUGUGACUUUGUGGUGAACCAAUAAAACCAGAAAAAAACCCACAAUCUUUAAAUGUAGUUGCCUAUAGGCUUACUAAGCUCCAAGGUCAGGGAUAUCCUAGACCAGCUCUCCAGAGUCAUAUAGGAAUUGAUGAUUGAUUGAUUAUUUUGGUCUUAUUAUGGCCUUCUGCUAUAGAAGUUUGUGUUAAUCUCAAUGUCCUCUCCUCUUCCAGGUCAACCAAUGAGAUCAAGAACCUGCAGUACCUACCUCGGGCCAGCGAGCCUCGUGAGAUGCUUUUCGAUGACCGGACGCGUGCCCACGCUGACCAUAUCGGACAGGGCUUCGAGAGGCAGACCACCGCCGCUGUGGGGGUGCUCAAGGCCGUGCGCUGUGGAGAGGGGUGGGUGGUUUUAACACCCGGAUAUAUGAUCAUGUAUUGUCUUUAGAUACAACGUUGCUUGGUAAAAAUGACUUUAAACUGUAGGCCUAUUGGGGCUGUAUUUAGUAUCCAAUAAUCAUCCUACUAAUCAGUUGCAAGACAGCUGCAUAAUCUGAUUGGAAAUCAAUGAUAAUCUCCCUUCUCUCUCUCUGUAGUGCGGAGCCCCCUCGCGUUACCAAAGACGUGAUCUGUUUCCAUGCUGGAGACUUCCCUAAUGUAGUCCAGAGGUUACAACUGGACCUGCACGAACCGCCUCUGUCCCAGGUGAGCUGCACCUGUCUUCUACCUUGUUUCUAUGGCAUGAUGAUCCUCCACAGCCCUAUACACUCUACUGCCACCCUCUGGCUAGAUGUGGUACUACCAGGAGGGCUCAGGGCCUGUCCUCCACUAAGAGACCCUCCAGGAGGGCUCAGGGCCUGUCCUCUAUUAAAGAGACCCUCCAGGAGGGCUCAGGGCCUGUCCUCUAUUAAAGAGACCCUCCAGGAGGGCUCAGGG